AUGGCGGAAAUCAACGGUCCGAACCUUUGCAUCGUCGCGCUAUUCGGAACAACUUCGCUGGCGUUCCUCACGUAUCACACCUUCAAAUUUGACGGCUGCAGAUGCCUCGUCCCACGCAGGAAGGAAUGGUUCAGGGCAUUGAUGAUUUACAUGCUCUUCUUGUCUAACGUAUGCCUCAUCGUUUGGGCGUCCGGAUGGUGCUAUGUCAAAUACCAGCUCGGCUGGGUACGCCUUGGACCGAUGGGCGCCCGUCCUUGGCCCUCAUCCCUAUUCCCUUCCCCAUUCGACAGGUUUAAUGGGCCGUUGACCGUCCUCCUCGGUAUCUGCUACACCCUCCAAGCCUCGCUCAACGCGCAAGAGGGCCUGUACUGGUACCAUCUCAUGCGCGCCGUACGUCGACCCCAAGCCAGCAAGCCUUGGCUGGGUAGCAAGUACUACUACGCCUGGAUCGUCAUUUCGAUACUGGUCGCGGCGAUCCAGCUGUCCGUGCCCUGGAUCGGAGACAACUCGAACCUGCAGGUACAGCUAUCGAAAGAGCUACUUACGGGUGGCGGGCUCGAGUUCAUUGUGCUAUGCGCCGCCACCGUCGUCGUCCUCAAAUUCCCCAGGUUUCUGAAAGACGUCAAGGCGUCCGGAGCCGGUCCCGACGUUCAAAUCCGCCUCUACACGUAUCAUGAGAGCAACAAAAUCCGGAAUCUGUUCCGAAUUUCCUUCACCAUGCCUUUGCUCGUCCUCGGCGCCGAUGGUAUCACCGCUGCCGCUCCCCUCAACAUGAACGCCAUCGUAUCGGAUCUCUUGUGCGCCACCACCGUCGGCUCCCUCUGCAUCGUCAUGAUGCUCUCAAUCAUGCUGUACCUCCCUCGCUCGGCUCCUAGCGCCGUACACAACAAGGUCAUGGUCGGGCAGAUGCCGCCGCACGCAACGCAGGCCAACCAGCUGGCGAGCGGGUUUGCGCUCAUGUCACUCCUUCGCGAAGGCGGUCAGUGGGAGGGGGACACAGAGCUGGACGUACUGGACAAGGACGAGGCGCCGUUCGCGACGGCCGAGGCGAGGGGAACGAGCUGGAAUACAGGCGCAGAGGAGAAGUGGCACCAGGUGCACGAUGUCCCGCAGGUCCCGCACAUCCUUGACCAGUUUACGUCGCCUAUCGCUGUACAUUCCGAGCCGACUCCCCGGGGUCCGGUCGAGAUCCGAAUCCAAGUCGAACGAGAGAUUCACGAGGACUAG